AUGUCGUCAGAAGCGUUGGAGGCACUCCUUCAGUGGGGUGCAACAUUUGGUGUAAUAGUCCCAGAGGAACUCAAGUUUGAAUAUACCGAUCUUAAAGGCAUUAUUUGCGUAUGUGAAAAAGAUAUAGACAAUCCAAGCAUCAAGAUUCCUCCUGAGAUCGUUAUUUCGAGAAAUCUGCCUAUGAAAUUUUUCAAGCUCAGUGAAUCCACUAAGAAUAUCAACGGAUGGCUGAAGUUGUUUUUCGCAAAAAUAAAAUUCGAUAGAGAUAAUGAUACUAUCGUGGACGAUGUUCGUGUGAAUGAGAAAUUUAAACCGUACUUGGAUGCGCUACCUUUUCGACUAAAUUCGCCGUUGAUCUGGAACCCAAGCGAGUUGGAGCGUUUAUCAUCUACAAACUUGGGGAAUUCCAUUCACGAAAAAUUUGCAGGCAUAUUUAAAGAGUGGCUUGAAUUGGUCAGUUCUUCUGAUUUGUUUGACUUGGAAAGAGUGGCAGAUGACAUUCAGACUUUUCAUAAGCUCGAUGAAUUGACAUACGAGACCCUGUAUGAGCAGAUUUUGAAGAACACGGAACUUCAAACACCAACUAUUUGGUAUUCCUUUUCUGCAUUUUUAUGGUCGCACCUCAUAUUCAUUUCAAGAGCAUUCCCCGAAUAUGUGCUAAACAAAAGCUGUCCUGAUAAUUCUAUCAUACUACUUCCCAUCGUUGAUCUUUUAAAUCAUGACUACCGUUCUAAAGUCAAAUGGUAUCCUGAAGAUGGGUGGUUCUGCUAUGAAAAAAUUGGAAUCGCUUCCCAAUCACGAGAACUAUCGAAUAAUUAUGGCGGUAAGGGAAAUGAAGAAUUACUGUCUGGAUAUGGGUUUGUUUUAGAAGACAACAUAUUUGAUUCAGUGGCUUUGAAAAUCAAACUGCCAUUAGAUGUGGUAUCAAACAUUCUUGAAACGGAACCUAAUUUGAAGCUGCCCUUACUGUCAGAUUAUACAACAUAUGCUUUCGAAAACAAAGAUUGUGGCCAACAAGAAAAGAAGGUUGCACGUAGUGUUACGGACUACGUAGAUGGAGUGACUUAUUUCAUUAAUAUUAACAAUGAACAAAGCUUAGAACCAUUACUGGAUCUUUUUACCUACCUCUCCAAGACCGAAGAGGAGAGUCUACAUGAUUUGAGAGCCCGUUUUGAGGGCAUACAAAUGCUAAGAAAUGCAUUACACAGCAAACUCAAGUGUGUCAUUGGGCCGCCUGCAGCUGAUGACUCAUAUGCGAUCGAUCCUUACAGACUUUAUUGUGCUGACAUAUAUACCAAAGGUCAAAAGCAAAUCUUAAAAGAGGCUGUAACGAGGUUGAGAAAAUUGGAGAAAACAAUGCUGUCCGAGAACAAGCACCAAUUACUAACCAUGAGCAAAAUUCUCAAGAAUGACCCUGCUUUUGUAGAGGCGGAAUUACCUUCGUUGUUCAGUAAUGAGGAUGAUGAGGAAGUCAUCUUUGAAUCUACUUACGACCUAUUGAUACUCUGGGUUUUACUGAAAACGAGAAGUAAUUCGUUUCCAAACAAAUAUGAAUGGGUUGGACGACAGUAUGCUAACUUCGAGCACAGUGCAUACAUCUCAGAUGAUGCCAAGGCUUUCCAUACCCAAUACUUUGAGAAGCAAGACGAUGUGGAUGUGGACCAAGUAGAUCACGCGAUCCAGUUCGUGGUAGCCAAUUCUUUCACCAGAACAUCAUCUACAGCCGCAGAGACUAUCGUAGUGCGCAAAUAG